AUGAAGCUUCUACCGCUCCCCCUCCUCAUCACCAUCACCACCUCCCUCACCACCGCCCUCCAAAGAACCACCCACCCCGACGGCUCCAUCCACGUCUGGAACUCCCUGGACAACUUCAACGACGCACCCCCGUCAUACAGCCCCCUCGAAAGCCCCCCUACCCAAAUACCCAUCGCCCGUCCCGCCGCCCCCAAGAAACCCUGCUGCCUCAAAGGCAACAAAUGCUCCCGCGCCCUCGAGGCCCAAUCCGCCAAAUGUUUCUGCAACAAGCACACCAAAACAACCUGCAAAGGGCCCGCCGCCAUGGGUCCCUUCCAAAAGUCCUGCUGGCACAAGCCCCCAAAAGCUAGACUCGGCUUGUUCACGUUUCGCUCCCGCAGCUCCCUCCCAUUCUUGAACCCCAUGAUCGUCGUCUGUCUAACCAUGAUACAGACAAAAGCCCCGCCUCCACAUGUCGGCAAUGACCGGGGUCACGACAUCGAGUCAGAGACAAGAUACCCCAAUUACGAGUCUGAUGACUACGCCUAUCCGUUCAAGCCAAUGUGUGGCCCUCCAGGGUCACCAUGUACGAUCGACAACUUUGUGGACGUGUGCUGCACCAAUGUCAAUGGGUCUGUGGGCUGCUCGUUCCCAUCGGGGGAUCCUCAGUUUGGGACUUGUUUCUUGUGA